AUGCCAAAAUGUGGUUUUGCCUUCAUUCGCCUUUUUGUGCUUUUACUCGGUUUCUCCAUCAUUUGUGUGGGAGUCCUUUGCCUUUCCACAAGUUACUCCAUAUGCAGAUGUGGAAAUAAUGAGCUGGUGUUUUAUUGCCUGUUAGCUUUGGGGCUAUUUCUCCUUGUGGCUGGCAUUUUCUGGAGCACUUUCUAUGAAGUCUUGAAAUGCGGGGACGCCAGCAGCGCCUUCAUUCGAAACCGCAGCCGUAGAGAGCUACGCAUCAGCACCAUAGACAGGCCUGACUUCUAUCCCCCCUCCUAUGAAGACAGCACAGAUCCUGAAAAAUCCUUUCCACUGCCAGUUGCCUCCACACUAAAACAGCACGACAUCAUCAAUAUCCCUCUGCCCCCAUACAGCGAAAGCAGCGCAGAGUUCAUCAGUGAAACUAACGAGCAGGAACAGCCACCACCUUACGAAUUAUCUGCGAGGCAGCUAAUGAACUACUUACUGGAAUAUGGUGUGGGAAAUCAGCUUGAAAUUUUUGACAAUCUUAAAGAAGCAAAGAUUUUAAAUGGUUUGCUUUUGAUCAAACUUACUAGCGUGAAUUCAGCUUUGCCAAGAAUAACAGCUGACAGUUUCAGAUUAAAGGAAUUUUCUUGGGACUGGAGGAUAUGA